AAGAAAAGAAGAAAAGCCCACUUGCUCUUUCUUUUUUAUUUUGGUUUUUGUUGAGUUUUGAAAGAGAAAUAUGAAGAACUCAAGCACCCAUUUCUUCUUCUUUUGUGCUUUCCUUUUCCUACUUAUCUUUCAUUCAAUCCCAACAACAUCCCAAGAAGUUGAGGAUGAGAAGGAAUUUGAUUAUGUGAAAGGGAGUGGUAAAGGGCCUGAAAAUUGGGGAGAUAUACAUGAGGAAUGGGCAAUGUGUAAGAAUGGAGAUAUGCAGUCUCCAAUCGAUUUGUUGCAUGAAAGAGUUCAAGUAGUGUCCCAUUUAGGGAGAUUAAAAAGGCAUUACAAGCCAUCCAAUGCAACGCUCAAGAAUAGAGGACAUGAUAUAAUGUUGAAAUGGGUUAAUGGGGCGGGAUCAAUUUAUGUGAAUGGAACUGAAUAUGUACUACAACAGUGUCACUGGCACUCACCUUCAGAGCACACCAUCAAUGGGAAGAGCUACGCCCUUGAGGUGCAUAUGGUUCACGAGAGCUCUGACAAACAGACGGCCGUGGUUGGGAUCAUGUACAAAAUUGGCCGACCUGACACAUUUCUCUCAGAGUUGAUGGAGCAUAUAAGAUCUAUUGCGGAUGCUCAUGAAAUGGAGAGAAAUGUGGGAGUGGUUGAUCCAAGGCACUUAAAGAUGGGAAGUAGGAAGUAUUAUAGAUACAUGGGAUCUCUCACUGUCCCUCCUUGCACGCAAGGUGUAAUGUGGACAAUGGUUAAAAAGGUGAGAACUGUUUCAAGAGAGCAAGUGAGAUUACUAAAGAUGGCAGUUGACGAUAAUGCAGAGAUGAAUGCAAGACCAACACUCCCAAUCAACGAAAGGGAAAUUCACCUUUACACUCCAAGGCUUCGCUAGAUUGAUGGCGCCCAUUCUUAAUUUUAUUAGGGAAUUUUUAUUUAUUUAGAAAUGCAGGUUUAAACACCAUAUGUUAAAAAAACAAUAAAAAAUCAUUGUAAAUGGAUUACUCUUCUUUUUUUUUUGGUAAGAUGAGGUUAGGGCAGAUGGCUGCAAUCAUGUGCGAAUAAAAGUUCAAAUUUAUUAUUCCUAUUUUUUUGUAUAAUUUUUCUUCUUUUUUCUUCUUAUCACCAAGAUUUUAAUUAAUACAUAAGAUCAGAUGAGUUCAUGGUACUGUUACCUGAUAAUUAUCAUUUGGCUCAUAUUUUUAGAUGAAAAAUAUCUUAUGGUUAUAUUCAUUAUAGUCAUGGCAAAAGGAUUAGAUGACUAAGAGUAUUUAGCUGCCUAUUUCGUUAUUUCCUUAUUUAGAAGCC